UAAUGUAGGAUCACAGUUUUCAUCUGCUAAGAAAAAUAACACUGGCCCCACCUUGGCAUCCCUGAUAAAUUUGCUCUAGAUCCGUCACUGCAAGUCACUAUUUCUUGACUCAAAUAUAUUUCCGGCGUGCCCUCUGAGCUUGUCACCACCAAAGCGUCAGCUGAUUGCAUCAGUUUAACUCUAAAUGAGACUCAUUAGUCCCAGUUAAUUAAAGCGCCAAUGACUGCUUCCUCCUCUCCUCUCCGUCUCUGCGUAAACGCGAGUGAAAACCAAGUCCCUCCCAGAUAGAAGCUGAGGCAGACCGCUGUCAGACUUUAUUCUAGUCGAUGUCAGAAUUGUCUAAGGAAAUCGUUUAGAAAUACUUUUAGUUUUUCCUAUUCUAAAGGUUAAACCGCGUCGUGGAAACGAUAGAAAGAUUGGAUCGCGCUGUUGCGCAUGAGGUCAGCCUGCAGCCGCGCACCAUGAAGGUAGCCUUUGGCGCUCUGGUGAUCGCUGCUGGUGUCUGCGGGAUUCUCAGCUUCGCCUUUUUGGCCACUUCCCUGGGAACCGAUCAUUGGUACAUCAUAGAGGUGAGCACGGUGAACAUGUCUGACUUUGAGGACAUGAGCUCUCACUCCGGAUUGUGGCGCAUCAACGAAGGCGGGAAGAUGCAGGCUGACUCCAUUGAUUCAUUUGCUGCCGAUUCCUCCAAAUACACCGAGACUGAGAUGCGCAUGCUGAGCAUGCACGGUGCCAUCGUGGUGAUGCUGCCUCUCAGCCUGGUUCUCUUGUUGUUCGGAGGAAUCUGCGGUCUGGUCAGCUCCCUGGCCCGGAGCCCGGUCCUGCUCACGGGCACGGCCUAUUACUUCUUUGUCUGCAGCCUGCUGACUCUGUGUGGUGCAAGUCUCUACAUCUUUUACUCAUACCAAGCGCUGUCUGAGACCGAGAGUCUGGUUGGACCGGAGGGUCUGGCCUACAUCCACACCUCCUUCGGCUGGUCUCUAGGUCUGGCCUGGCUCUCCUACGGCUUGGAGCUCCUCACUGGAACUUUGCUGCUUAUAGCGGCACAAAGGGCCAAGCUGCGACAAAGAGGUCCCACCAAGGCCUGACACUCCUCUCCACAUGGAUCCCUGAUUUGCACAAAUGAAACUGAAGCCGGAAUGAGCUGAGAGGAACAACAGAGGUGUGGUACACCGGUGCAAUGAAUUUGGCCAUAAAAUGUGAACCUGCACCUUUGCAAGCGACGCAAGCAGGUCCCAAGAAGCAUAGAAUGAGUGAGCUGUGAUCAGUUGUGCCCUCUUGUAGUGUGUGUUGAGAUCGCUUCUCAUUUGGAGUCAAUUACGGUGUUUUUAUCUGUGGCGAACAAACCUUGAGCAUUUCAUAUAAAAAGUCUAAUCUGUAAAAUUGUCCGCUCGAGGGUCAAAGUUCCUCUGCUUUUGUCGUUUUAAAUGGGUUGGAUUUGCUGUUUUUAGUUGGAUGACAAAGUGUUGAAUGUUAUGUGACAUGGUACAAUGUAAAUAAAGGAAAUGUACAAAAAAUAUCAAAA